AUGGGGCUGCCGCUCGCCCUCCUGGUGGCCGUCGGCCUGGCCCUGAGCUCCCCCGGGGCCGCAGAGCUCCAGAGAGAGGGCAGGACCCAGAACCACGGCCACAGCGUCUGCAGCACUUGGGGCGACUUCCACUACAAGACCUUCGACGGCGACGUCUUCCGCUUCCCCGGCCUGUGCGACUACAACUUCGCGUCCGACUGCAGGGGCUCCUACAAGGAGUUCGCGGUGCACCUGAAGCGGGUCUCCAGCCGCGACGGGGGGCGCCCCGGGCUCGAGUACAUCCUGCUGACCAUCAAGGACGACACCAUCUACCUCACCCGCCAGCUGGUUGUAGUGAACGGGGCCAUGGUCAGCAUGCCGCACUACAGCUCUGGGCUGCUCAUCGAGAAGAACCACGCUUACACCAAGGUCUACUCCCGGGCGGGACUCACCCUCAUGUGGAACCGGGAGGACUCACUCAUGCUGGAGCUGGACAGCAAGUUCCGGAACCAUACGUGCGGCCUCUGCGGGGACUACAAUGGUCUGCAGACCUACUCCGAGUUCCUGUCUGACGGCGUGCUCUUCAGCGCCAUCGAGUUCGGGAACCUGCAGAAGGUCCAUAAGCCCGAGGUGGUGUGCGAGGACCCCGAGGAGGAGCCGGCCCCCGAGUCCUGCUCCCAGCACCGCGCCGAGUGUGAGGAGCUGCUGGCGGCCGCGGCCUUCGAGGACUGCGAGGGGCUGGUGCCGCGGCAGCCGUUCGUGCAGGCCUGCGUGCAGGACCGCUGCCACUGCCCCGACGGCCCCUCCUGCGCCUGCAGCACCCUGGCCGAGUUCUCCCGCCAGUGCUCCCACGCCGGCGGCCGACCCGGCAACUGGAGGACCGCCGAGUUCUGCCCCAAGAGCUGCCCCGGGAACAUGGUUUACCUGGAGAGCGGCUCACCCUGCGUGGACACCUGCUCCCACCUGGAGAGCAGCCGCCUGUGCGAGGAGCACCGCAUGGACGGCUGUUUCUGCCCAGAAGGCACCGUGUAUGACGACAUCGCAGGCAGCGGCUGCGUCCCCGUGAGCCGCUGCCACUGCAGACUCCACGGGCGCCUGUACUCGCCCGGCCAGCAGCUCAGCAGUGACUGCGAGGAGUGCGUCUGCACCGCCGGCCGCUGGGUGUGCAGAGACUUGCCGUGCCCGGGCACCUGUGCCCUGGAGGGCGGCUCUCACAUCACCACCUUCGACGGGAAGAGGUACACCUUCCACGGGGACUGCUACUACGUGCUGAUCAAGGGCGACCACAACGACUCCUACGCCCUCCUGGGUGAGCUGGCCCCUUGCGGCUCCACCGACAAGCAGACCUGCCUGAAGACGGUGGUUUUGUUGGCGGACAACAGGAAGAACGUCGUGGCCUUCCAGUCGGACGGCGGCGUGCUGCUGAACGAGCGGCCGGUGAGCCUGCCCCACGCGACCGCCAGCCUCUCUGUCUUCCGGCCGUCUUCCCGCCACCUCAUGGUGAGCACCGCCGUGGGGCUCAGGCUGCAGGUGCAGCUCGAGCCCGUCAUGCAGCUCUUCGUGACGCUGGACCGGGCCGCGCAGGGGCGCGUGCAGGGCCUCUGCGGGAACUUCAACGGCCUGGAAGGGGACGACUUUAGGACGGCCGGCGGGCUGGUGGAGGCCACGGGGGCCGGCUUCGCCAACACCUGGAAGGCCCAGGCGAGCUGUCACGACAAGCUGGACUGGCUGGAUGACCCCUGCUCCCUCAAUAUCGAGAGCGCCAACUAUGCCGAGCACUGGUGCUCCCUACUGAAGAAGACGGAGACCCCCUUUGGGAGAUGCCACUCGGCUGUGGACCCCUCAGACUAUUACAAGAGGUGCAAAUAUGACGCGUGUAACUGCCAGAACAGCGAGGGCUGCAUGUGUGCCGCUCUGUCCUCCUACGCCCGCGCCUGUGCUGCCAAGGGCGUUCUGCUGUGGGGCUGGCGGGAGCAAGUCUGCAACGAGGACGUGGGCUCUUGCCCCAGCUCCCAGGUGUUCUUGUACAACCUGACCACCUGCCAGCCUACGUGCCGCUCGCUCUCCGAGGCCGACGCGCACUGCCCGCAGGGCUUUGCGCCUGUGGACGGCUGCGGCUGCCCCGACAACACCUUCCUGGACGAGAAGGGCCGCUGCGUGCCCCUGGCCAAGUGCUCCUGCUACCACCAUGGCCUCUACCUGGAGGCCGGGGAGGUGGUGCUGAGGCAGGAGGAGCGCUGCGUCUGCCAGAACGGGAGGCUGCACUGCAGGCCGGUCAGGCUGCUCGGCCAGAGCUGCUCGGCCCCAAAGAUCUACGUGGACUGCAGCAACCUGACGGCCCUGACCGUCCAGAGCUCGCGGCCCACCAGCUGUCAGACGCGAGCCGCCGGCCACUACCAGACAGAGUGCGUCAGCGGCUGCGUCUGCCCGGACGGGCUGAUGGACGACGGCCGCGGCGGCUGCGUCAAGGAGGCGGAGUGCCCGUGUGUGCACAACAAGGACCUGUACUCCCCCGGGGACGAGAUCAAGGUGGACUGCAACACCUGCACCUGCCGGCGAGGGCGCUGGGCGUGCACCGAGUCCCCGUGCCACGGCUCCUGCUCCAUCUACGGGAGUGGCCACUACGUCACCUUCGACGGGAAGUACUACGACUUCGACGGGCACUGCUCCUACGUGGCGGUUCAGGACUACUGCGGCCAGAACUCCUCCUCAGGCUCCUUCAGCGUCAUGACCGAGAACGUCCCCUGUGGCACCACGGGUGUCACCUGCUCCAAGGCCAUCAAAAUCUUCUUGGGGAGGACGGAGCUGAAGCUGGAGGACAAGCACCGCCUGGUGAUUCAGCGGGACACGGGCCACCACGUGGCCUACACCACGCGGGAGGUGGGCCAGUACCUGGUGGUGGAGGCCAGCAUCGGCGUCAUCGUCAUCUGGGACAAGAAGACCACUGUCUUCAUCAAGCUGGCCCCGUCCUACAAGGGCCGGGUCUGCGGGCUGUGUGGGAACUUUGACCAGCGCUCCAGCAACGACUUCACCACGAGGGACCACAUGGUGGUGGACAGCGAGCUGGACUUCGGCAACAGCUGGAAGGAGGCCCCCACCUGUCCGGACGUGAGCGUCACCCCGGAUCCCUGCGCCCGGAACCCGCACCGCCUCUCCUGGGCCGAGAAGCAAUGCAGCAUCAUCAAGAGCUCGGUCUUCAGUGUCUGUCACAGCAAGGUGGACCCCAAGCCCUUCUACGAGGCCUGCGUCCACGACUCCUGCUCCUGCGACACGGGCGGGGACUGUGAGUGCUUCUGCUCGGCCGUGGCCUCCUACGCUCAGGAGUGUACUAAGGAGGGAGCCUGCGUGUUCUGGAGGACGCCGGACCUGUGCCCCGUAUUCUGUGACUACUACAACCCCCCAGACGAGUGUGAGUGGCACUAUGAGCCCUGUGGGAAUCGCAGCUUCGAGACCUGCAGGACCGUCAAUGGCAUCCACUCCAACAUCUCCGUGUCCUACCUGGAGGGCUGCUAUCCCCGGUGCCCGGAGGACAGGCCCGUCUAUGACGAGGACCUGAAGCGGUGCGUCACGGCGGACCAAUGUGGCUGCUAUGUCGGGGACACCCGCUACCCACCCGGAGCACCUGUUCCCAGCGAGGAGGACUGCCAGUCUUGCGUGUGUACCAACACCUCGAAAGUCUGCCAGCCAGAAGAAGGGAAGAUUCUCAACUACACCCAGGACGGCUUCUUCUGCUACUGGGAGAUCUGUGGCCCCAACGGGACGGUGGAGAGACACUUCAACAUCUGUGUGUCCACCACCUCCCGGCCGCCUUCCACCACGAUCCCCGUCACCUCCAGCACCGCCCUCACCACCACUACCACCACCCCGACUCCCACCCCCUCCCCGACCCCCAGGACGUGCUGCUUCUGGUCCGACUGGGUCAACGAGAACCACCCCAGCGUGCACAGCGGCAGUGGCGACUGGGAGACCUUUGACAGCGUCUGUAGGGCCCCUGAGGACAUCGAGUGCAGGCUAGCUGUGGAGCCCCACCUCAGCUGGGAGCAGGCGGGUCAGAAUGCGCAGUGCAAUGUCACCUUCGGGUUCAUUUGCUACAAUGAAGACCAGUUUGGAAACGGGCCAUUUGAGGUCUGUUACGACUACGAGAUUCGCGUCAAUUGCUGUGUGCCGAUGGAUCAGUGUCCCCCGUCCACGACCACGGCCACCACCACCACCACUACAUCCACACCUACGCCAGAACCCCCGACGACCACCACCACUACCACCACAGCCACGCCGACCCCCACGCCCACCACCACGCCGACCACCACCACCACAGGCACAGAGCCCCCCACCAUCAGUACCACGGGCCCCAAAACCACAACGCCCAGCCCCAGCACCACGACCACCACCACCGUGACCCCGACUUCGACCCCCACCAUCAGCACCACCACGGGCACCAAGACCACAACGCCCACCCCGACCACCACCACCACCACGCCGACCACCACCACCACAGGCACAGAGUCCCCGACCACCAGCACCACCACGCCUACCCAAGGAUUAAGCACCACAGAGCCAACAAUCGCUCCGUGUGUGCCUCAGUGCAACUGGACAGGCUGGGUGGAUUCUGGGAAACCGAACCCUUCUAGACCAGGUGGGGAUAUUGAAUCGAUUCAGGGCCUCUGUAAAGAAGGCUGGGCAGCCAACAUCUCUUGCAGAGCUGUGAUGUUUCCCCAAAUUCCCAUCGAAGAACUUGGGCAAAAGUUGGUGUGCGACCUCUCUGUUGGGCUGGUGUGCAAAAAUGAAGACCAGAAGCCGGGGGGCACCACACCGCCCAUCUGCUUCAACUACGAGAUUAAUGUUGAGUGUUGUGUAUUGCCAGAAUACUGUAUUUCCACGCUGCCUCCUGCUAGCACCCCGACCCUGACACCCACCACGACCACCACCACGGGCACCCCGACCACCACCCCCCCUACCACAACCACAACAGGCACCCCGACCCCUACCAUGACCACAGGCACCGCAACUACCACUCCCAUUAUCACUACCACCACAGGCAUCCCGACUUCGACCCCCACCAUCAGCACCAGCACGGGCACCAAGACCACAACGCCUACCCCGGCCACCACCACCACCACGACGAUGACCCCGACUUCGACCCCCACCAUUAGCACCACCACGGGCACUGAGACCACAACGCCCACUCCGACCACCACCAUGACGGUGACCCCAACUUCGACCCCCACCAUCAGCACCACCACGGGCACCGAGACCACAACACCGACCUCGACCACCACGACCACCACCACGGUGACCCCAACUUCGACCCCCACCAUCAGUACCACCACGGGCACCAAGACCACAACGCCCACCCCGGCCACCACCACCACCACGGUGACCCCGACUUCGACCCCCACCAUCAGCACCACCACGGGCACCGAGACCACAACGCCAACCAUGACCAACACGACCACCACCACGGAGACCCCAACUUCGACCCCCACCAUCAGCACCACCACGGGCACCAAGACCACAACGCCCACCCCGGCCACCACCACCACCACGGUGACAGCAACUUCGACCCCCACCAUCAGCACUACCACGGGUACCAAGACCACAACGCCCACCCCGGCCACCACCACCACCACGGUGACCCCGUCUUCGACCCCCACCAUCAGCACCACCAUGGGCACUGAGACCACAACGCCCACCCCGACCACCACGACCACCACCACGGAGACCCCAACUUCGACCCCCACCAUUAGCACCACCACGGGCACCAAGACCACAACGCCCACCCCGGCCACCACCACCACCACGGUGACCCCAACUUCGACCCCCACCAUCAGCACCACCACGGGCACCGAGACCACAACGCCCACUCCGACCACCACCAUGACGGUGACCCCGACUUCGACCCCCACCAUCAGCACCACCACAGGCACCGAGAUCACAACGCCCACCCCGACCACAACCAUGACGGCAACCCCAACUUCGACCCCCACCAUCAGCACCACCACGGGUUCUGAGAUCACAACGCCCACCCGGGCCACCACCACGACGGUUACCCCUACUUCGACCCCUACGAUCAGCACCACCACGGGCACUGAGAUCACAACGCCCACCCCGACCACCACCACCACCACGCCAACCACCACCACCACAGGCACAGAGUCCCCGACCACCAGCACCACCACCACCACGACCUCCUAUGUGCCCACCCCCACCCUGACCCCGAUCUCCACCCCCAACGUCGGUGUGAGCACGGGCCCGGUCAGGUCCUCCACUCAGGUCCGCUGCUGCGUUUUGAACGAAACAUACUUCGCACCAGGUGAGACGGUGUACAACGGCACGCACGGGGACACCUGCUACUAUGCGAACUGCUCGCUGGCCUGUACCAUUGAGAUCUUCAACUGGUCGUGCCCGUCCACGCCCUCCCCGGCACCCACCCCUUCCAAGCCGACACCCAUCUCAACACCCAAACCACCCACGCCUACAGCAUCGAGCACAGUGGCCACCACCAAGCCCCCUGGGUGCCCGGACUUUGACCCUCCCAGACAGGAGAAUGAGAAGUGGUGGCUGUGUAACUGCACCAUGGCCAUCUGCAAGUACAACAACACCGUAGAGCUCGUGGAGGUGGAGUGCGAGGUCCCGCCUGAGCCCACCUGCGCCAACGGGCUCCGGCCCACGCUCGUCUACAGCCCCGAGGAGUGCUGCCCGCACUGGGAGUGCGACUGCUACUGCGCGGGCUGGGGGGACCCCCACUAUGUCACGUUCGACGGGCUGUACUACAGCUACCAAGGGAACUGCACGUACGUGCUUGUGGAGGAGAUCACCCCCACGCUCGGCAACUUCGGUGUCUACAUCGACAACUACCACUGUGACGCCAACGACCGGGUGUCCUGCCCCCGCACGCUCGUGGUGCGCUACCAGUCCCAGGAGGUUCUCGUCAAGACCCUGCAGAUGAUGCCCAUCAAGGUCCAGGUGCAGGUCAACAGGCAGGUCGUGGCCUUGCCCUACAUGAAGAACGAGCUGCACGUGUACCAGUCGGGCAUCAGCUACGUGGUGGAGAUCUCCAAGCUGGGCGCGCUCAUCACCUACAACGGGCUCUCCUUCUCCAUCACGCUGCCUCACCGCCUGUUUGGCAACAACACCAAGGGCCAGUGCGGCACGUGCACCAAUGACACGGCGGACGACUGCAUGCUGCCCAGCGGGGAGGUCGUGUCCGACUGCGAGUUGGCGGCUGACCAGUGGGUCGUGAACGAUCCCUCCAAGCCACACUGUCCCCACACCAGCGUCACCACCAAGCGUCCGGCUGUCACGCCGCCAGGGGCCAGCACCACCUCCGGCAAGGACUGCGCGUCUCCCCUCUGCGAGCUCAUCAGAGACAGCUUGUUCGCACCGUGCCACGCUGUGGUGCCCCCCAAGCACUACUACGAGGCCUGCGUGUUCGACAGCUGCUUCGUGCCCGGUUCGGGCCUGGAGUGUGCCAGCUUGCAGGCCUACGCCGCCCUCUGUGCCCAGGCCAACAUCUGUGUCGACUGGAGGAACCACACCCACGGGGUCUGCUCAAUGACGUGCCCGCCGCACAGGGAGUACCGGGCCUGCGGCCCCGCGGACGAGCCUUCCUGCGAGUCUGGCACAGCUGCUCUAAGGCCCAUAGCGCAGAAGAACGCCCGCCUGGUGGAAGGCUGCUUCUGUCCCGAGGGCACCAUGAACUACGCCCCCGGGUUCGACGUCUGCGUGGAGAUGUGCGGCUGCGUGGGACCCGAUGACGUGCCCAGAAAGUUCGGGGAGCACUUUGAGUUUGACUGCAAGGACUGCGUGUGCCUGGAGGGCGGCCGCGGCAUCAUCUGCGAGCCCAAGGAGUGCCGCCAGGAGCCGGUCACGUGCCCGGAGGACGGCACCUACCCGCUCACCGAGGUCAACCCCGCGGACACCUGCUGCAACAUCACGUCCUGCAAGUGCAACACGAGCUUGUGCCAGGGGAAGCCGCCCAAGUGCCCGCUGGGCUUCGACGUGAGCAGCGAGACCAAACCCGGGAAGUGCUGCCCGUCCUACUCUUGUGUGCCCAAGGGCGUGUGUGUUCACGCGAAUGCUGAGUACCAGCCCGGGUCGCCAGUGUACUCCUCCAAGUGCGAGGACUGUGUCUGCACCAACCGCACGGACGGCGGCUCGCGGCUCAACAUCAUCUCCUGCACCCACGUGCACUGCGAGGACAGCUGCAGCCCCGGCUUCGAGCUGGUGGACGUGCCCGGGCAGUGCUGCGGCAAGUGUCAGCAGACCCACUGCAUCAUCAAGAGACCCGGCACCGAGACCAUCAUCCUGAAGCCCGGGGACAUACGUCACGACCCCAACAACAACUGCACCUUCUUCAGCUGCGCGAACAUCCACAACCAGCUCAUCUCCUCCGUGUCCAACAUCACCUGCCCUGACUUCGACCCCAGCAUCUGCCUCCCAGGCUCCGUCACGCUCAUGCCCAACGGAUGCUGCAGGAAAUGCACCCCUCGGAAUGAGACCAGGAUCUUCUGUUCCACCGUCCCCAUGACCAAGGAAAUUUCUCACUCCGGCUGCACCAAGAAAGUCGUGAUGAACUCCUGCUCUGGGUCCUGCGGGACCUCCGUCAAGUACUCGGCCGAGGCCCAGGCCCUGGAUCACCAGUGCUCCUGCUGCAAGGAGGGGCGUACCAGCCAGCGGGAGGUAGAGCUGAGCUGCCCCGACGGCAGCUCCCGGAAGCACCGCUACACCCACAUCGAGAGCUGCUCCUGCCAGGACACCGUGUGCGGGCUCCCGCGGGCUCAGCGCAGGGCCCCCGGCCGCGAGCGGCGCGCCAGCCCCCGGGGCCUGCCCCUGGGGAGGGACUGAGAGCAGUCCCGCCGUCCAGGAACCCCCCGCCCUCCACCGCGCCCUCCCGCUGGCCUCCGAGCUCCCUCACCAAGCAGCCUCGUCUCGGUCCAUAUUUAUUUUCUGAGUCUCUGUUCGAUUCUUCGCUUUCCCAAAUAAACUCAGGCAG